AAACGCACACCACCACGACAGCAGUCAUACAUAAGUGUAUCUAUAGGUAUCUAUACCCUUCUUCUAAUACAGUCCACUUGUAUGCAUUUUUAGUUACAAAUAAACCUUUAAAGCGUCCACACGUAGUUUUAUGUGCAAACACCGUCCAAGCAAAACUCAUCCUUAUCGCCGUCAUCAUAUGGUCCUAUUUCGAACCGAAUCUUGUCGCCUACCGGCGGCUAACCGGCGUGCGUCGUGAACAAAGAAAGCGAUAAGGAACACGUUUUUUAAUUGCAUAGUUUUGUGGACGGACUGUGACAUCGUUAAUAUAUUAAUAUCGUGGUUAAUAUUAUAACAAACAAGAACAUUAGCUGCGCUUGCCAUAUUCAGUGUGUGAUCGGAUUACGAGUAAAAACUUACUGCAAGUGCUAGUUAACACGUGUUCUAUGUGCUCACCAACCGCUACUUGUGGACCUUAUUUUGCCAGUGAAGCUUACGAGUGUUAAAUAUCUAUAUUGUCAUGGAAGAUCUUGUGAUAUAUCAACUUGAGCUAUUAGAUAACCUAAAGAAUGCAGAGAAAAACUAUAAAAAAACGCCGAAAGAUAGGAUUAAAAGACCGUACUUGGAAACAAGGUUAGAAAUGCUUGAAGAGCUUUGGAAUAACUUUAAAGAUGGACACAAAAAGAUUGUUUUGAGCAUCAGCAGUGACGAGCAAAGAAAAACUCCCUACUUUAAGGAAAAAACAUAUGAAGUGUUUCAAGAAUUGUAUGUGCAAUAUAAGUCGUCUAUGAAGGAGACUCUUCAGCCGUUCCUGGAUGCAGCACAACAAGCUUCAACGCCUUCUACAACUGAAGGUCAAGGGUCAUUCGCGACGUGCUCGGACAGUAACGAAAUAAAAUUGCCACGUAUCAAUAUACCUACAUUCAGCGGCAAAUAUGACGAGUGGCAGACAUUUUACGACCUGUUUACAACACUAAUACAUAAGAAUACGAAAUUAUCUCCAGUGCACAAACUCCAUUAUUUAAAAAGUAGUUUAAAGGGUGAACCUGAAGUAAUCCUUCGUAAUUACACCACGACAAAUGCGAACUACACCGAUGCUUGGAACGAGUUAAUACUGCGUUAUAACAACAAAAGAUAUAACUGUAAGGCUAUUUUGAGAACUUUUAUAUCACAAAAAUCUAUACAUACUGAAUCGGCGAGUUGUAUAAGGCAUCUAUUAGACACAAGUUCUACGUGUUUAAAGUCGUUGAAGAAUUUAGACGUGGACACCGAUACAUGGGACUUAAUUAUCACCUUUUUAAUAGAGGCCAAACUAGAUCCAGAAUCAGUAAGACUAUGGGAACAACAACUGAGUACAUCUAAAUGUGAUAUACCUACAUGGCCAGAUUUAAGAAAUUUUCUUGAGUCUAGAUACAGAUCCUUAGAGAUGAUCGAAGCUAACAAGACAAAAACGUCACAACCGAAGCCAGUAGCUAAACCUAAGUCCUUUCAUGCGAAUGUGACCAAGGAAGGGAAAGAACGUGAAGUUAAAUGUGUGUUAUGUGGAGAUCAGCAUUAUAUAUAUCAUUGCAAAGCAUUCGCCGGUAUGUCUACCAAAGAAAGGCAGGAGAGUGCCAAAAAGAACAAACUUUGUUUCAACUGCCUCGCGCCAUCACACUCGGUGAACAAGUGUCGACAGUCAGCGUGCUGCAAACGAUGUGGACGUCGGCAUCACUCCCUUCUACACUUCGAGAGAGAAGAAAACGCCGAGAAGUCCAACGAGGGGACAAACACGACUACAGGUACCAAUCGUGAGGCGUCGCUAGGUGAGUCAUCUUCGUCAAUUAAUGCUGAACAUAUCGUAUCUAAUUUUUCAACUAAGCAUGUUCAAACAAAUACGGUGUUAUUAGCUACUGCUAAGGUUUUAGUUAAUAGUAAGAACGGUUGUAAACAUAUUAUUAGGGCCUUGCUAGACCAAGGGUCACAAGCGUCAUUUGUAUCUGAGGCGACUGUUCAGUUACUUAAUCUUACACGUGUAUCAGUGAGUGGUUGGGUGUCCGGUGUGGGAGAGGGGCAAACGAAAAUUAAACACAUGGUUUCACUCUGUGUGAAAUCACGCCACAAUCCCAAUGAGUCAAUUAGAAUAAAUGCGUAUGUACUGCGCACAUUAACAACACUGUUACCCACCAGUUAUCUUACAUUCCCCGAUUGGUUAGAACUUCAAGGACUGGAUUUGGCCGAUCCAGGGUUCACAACACCAGGUAAAAUAGAUAUUUUACUUGGAGCUGAGGUUUAUGGCAACGUACUGUUAGAUGGUAUUAUCAGACACCCUGAGGGCAAUUUAGUGGCACAAAAUACAAUCCUAGGGUGGGUGGUAUCUGGCAGGACGACACUUGAUGAUAAAACCGGAAGGAAACGCAUCACAACCCUACAUGCACAGAUAAAUGACGAUGAUUUACUGAGACAAUUUUGGGAAAUAGAGAGGGAACCAAACAACAUAAAAAGAAAGUUUUCAAAAGAAGAAGAAAUGUGUGAAGAAUUUUAUGAUGCCACGACAGUGAGAGAUGAAACCGGACGGUUUGUAGUCAGAUUACCGUUUCAGAACGAAGAGCCAGAGUGUAAAUAUGGUGGUUUGAGGGAGAUAGCCAUUAAAAGAUUUGAAUGUUUAGAAAGAAAGUUGUCAAAAAAUCCUAAAUUGCAAGAUGAAUAUCGUAAAGUAAUGGAUGAAUAUUUAAAAUUAAAUCACAUGGUAGAAAUCACUCCUUCAGAAAUUGAUAAACCGGCUGUCUAUCUUCCUCAUCACGCAGUGUUACGAGAAGACAAGUUGACUACAAAGCUUCGUGUAGUGUUCGACGCUUCUUGCAAGGGUACAAAUAACGUGGCUUUAAAUGAUAACUUGUGUGUUGGACCUCAACUUCAGCAAGAGUUGCGACACAUAUUAAUGAGAUGGAGAACACACAGAAUCUGCAUAACAUCUGAUAUAAUUAAAAUGUAUAGAAUGGUCAGAGUAUCAGAUGCUGACACAGACUAUCAGAGAUUAGUGUGGAGGUCUUCACCCGACGAGCCUAUUAAACACUUCAAACUUUUAAGACUAACUUUUGGCACAGCUUGUGCACCAUACCUCGCCGUGAAGUCUCUACAAACACUUGCUAAAGAAGGGCAGUCAAUUUAUCCUAUCGCAGCACAAAUAACAAUGUCUGACUAUUACAUGGAUGACCUGCUUUCUGGCUGCGACACAGAAGAGCACGCAGUGGAAAUAUACCACGAGAUGAACAGCCUAAUGAACUCUGGGGGAUUCCAACUACAAAAAUGGAGUAGUAACAGUGAAGCUGUUCUACAGUACAUCGGAAAGAAUAAUUGUGACGAUCAUGAGUUACCUUUAAAGGUCAAUAGUGUUGUUAAGGUAUUAGGGGUAAACUGGAAUCGUGAAACCGAUAGUUUUGAAUACACAGUCAACUUGCCGGAGCCUCAACAACCUGUAACAAAAAGAACUAUUCUUUCCGAAAUAGCUAAGCUAUAUGAUCCUUUGGGAUGGAUAGCUCCCGUUGUAGUAGUCGCAAAGAUGAUCAUGCAGAAAUUGUGGAAGACAGGGCUCGAAUGGGACGAGCCUAUUGACGGUGUCUUGCUAGCAGAGUGGAAUCGAUAUCGGGAGAAUUUAGCACACAUCAAAGGCCUUAGCAUACCACGAUGGCUACACUACAGUAACACAUCAAGUGUAGAGUUGCACGUCUUCGCAGAUGCAUCUCAAGUCGCAUAUGGAGCAGUAGUGUACAUGCGAGUCGUAGACGAAGAGAGAGUAUACGUCAGUCUUAUAACGUCCAAAACAAAGGUAGCGCCAAUAGAGAAACAAGUCUCAAUUCCAAGAUUGGAAAUCUGCGGUGCGGCCUUGGCGGCUAAACUAAUUUUAGAAACAUCUCAAGUGAUAUGUGUGCCUAAAAGCAAGUUAUUUGCGUGGACAGAUUCCACCAUUGUACUCGCUUGGCUAAAGGGUGGGCCAAGCAGGUGGAACACUUUUGUGAGCAACAGGGUGUCAGACAUACUUAACACUGUAGAUUACGAACAAUGGGGGCACGUAUCUACAGACAUGAAUCCUGCUGACUGUGCGUCACGGGGCUUACAAGGAUCAGAAUUAUUAAAUCAUUCCCUGUGGUGGAAUGGACCAACUUGGCUGUCUAACCUUAAUAUGAAUAUAAACGUUCCUUACUACGAAGAUACGCAUGAGGAAGAACGCACGAGAACUUUAACUGCUAUAUACAAUACUGAACAAGAGUUAAUCUGGACAAAAUUUUCGAGUUUAUCACAAAUGUUAAGAGUAAUUUCAUAUUGUAGACGUUUUCUAAAUUUCAAAUUACCUGUAUCCGAACGUGAACAUUUUUCUAAGUUUAUAACGUCAAAGGAAUUGUCAGAAACUUUAAAUAAUUGUAUUAGGAGUAAGCUUCGCAACCUUUGUCCCAUUGUAGAUAACAAUGGAAUUUUAAGAGUUGGCGGGCGUAUUCAGAAAUCAGAAAUGGCCUAUGACACACAACAUCAAAUAAUUUUACCCGCUAAUAGUCAUCUUACCAGGUUAAUAAUUAAAGAUGCACAUUUCAGGACAAUGCAUGGCGGUCCUUUAGUGAUGCUAAACUAUCUAAGGUCAAAAUACUGGAUCUUACGAGCUAAAGAUCUAACAAAGAAAUUAUACCGUGAGUGUAUUACCUGCAUUAGGUAUUCCAAAAAGAAUAUCACGCAGCUAAUGGGUCAGUUACCUGACGUGAGGGUAAAAGCCGAUAGGGCUUUUAAAUCAUCUGGUGUGGACUACGCAGGCCCCAUCAACAUUCGUUUCUCGCCAGGCAGAGGAGCUAAAUCGUACAAGGGAUACAUAUGUUUGUUUAUCUGUAUGGUAACGCGGGCCAUACACUUGGAAGCAGUUACAGACAUGACUGCUAAGGCAUUCAUUGCAGCUUUCCGUCGCUUCACGUCGAGAAGAGGUCAUUGUCACGAUGUUUACAGUGAUAACGGCACCAAUUUCGUGGGUGCAGAUAGACAACUGAGGGACAUGUUCAACAGUGCCAAGUCUUCCAUUCCUGGUGAAAUAGCAGAGUUGCUAGUUCUUGAGCGUACUACAUGGCAUUACAUACCUCCUCACGCACCCAAUUUUGGCGGUCUGUGGGAGGCUGGCAUACGCAGUACCAAGACUCAUCUUAAGAAAGUCAUUGGAGAUGCUACACUUACGUACGAGGAGUUAACCACAGUAUUAGCUCAAGUCGAAGCAUGUUUAAAUUCGCGACCCAUAACUGUAUUAAGUGACGACCCUAAUGACCCCCUUCCACUCACACCCGGUCACUUUCUGAUAGGUGAACCUUUAUUAAACUUAAGUGAUGAAAACUAUACAAAUUGUAAUAUUUCUAGCUUAGACAGAUGGAGGCUAACACAAAAAAUGGUCAACGAUUUCUGGAACAGAUGGCACAAAGAAUAUCUCGUAAAUUUAAACCAAAGAUAUAAAUGGAAUACCAAACAAUCUGAGCCAGACAUCGAUGACAUUGUAAUUCUAAAAGAAGAUAACAUUCCUCCUAGUAAAUGGAUAUUAGGCAAAAUAAUUAAAAAACAUGUGGGCCCAGACGGCAUUACUCGUGUUGUGUCAAUAAAAUGUAAAAACGGUGUCUAUAAACGACCAGUAAGUAAAUUAUGUAUACUACCUAAAAAUGCAAACUAAUUUCUUUGUUAAUUGCAAAAAACAACAGAUAAAUUUUGGCCGGGAUUCGAACCCGUUACAAAUGCAUUAGAGUUGUUACGUCAUCACCCAUACCUUUAUGUUACGCAUUACUUAUGUUAUGUAAUUCAUAACGUCCCAUAACAAUGUAAAAAAUCUAUUUUUUUGAGUUAACUAGUGACUCAUACUUAAAUUACUUACCUAAAUAUAUGUUAUAAUAUUGUUAGUACUUACCUUUUUUGUUAUCAGAAUGAUGUAAACAUUCCUAGCUCCAUAACAUCCUACCUAAACAUACCUACAUAUAGCUAAAUAGCUAACUAAAUAAUAUCGCACGGUGGGCGGUUAGCAGCUAUGAAUGAUUAACCUUUUUUAUACUUACCCGUUUCUUUACAGACAAAGGCAGCAGAUUAAGUUGGACAAUGUGUCUUAUUUGUGUACCAUACAGAUUAUUGUUCUUUGACAAUGUCAAACUUGAUCUGCCACCAUUUGUUUUUCUACCUACUAUCUGUUAUAAUGUGAACUGUGUUCUAUCUGAUAUACUUACCAGUUAUGUAAAUUUAACAGUACUUUAAUUUUAAUUUACUUUUUUUUGUUAAUACUAGGCUAGUGGUUUGAUGUUACUUGUUUAUUUUGUUUUCAUUUGCAAUUAAGUGUCUUAUGAACAUCAUUGAAAUACGUUUGUUGUUGUCGUUUUGUUUGCAAUAUCACUAAAAGGAUAGAUCCUUUGGUGGGCGGAAUGUCUAAACGCACACCACCACGACAGCAGUCAUACAUAAGUGUAUCUAUAGGUAUCUAUACCCUUCUUCUAAUACAGUCCACUUGUAUGCAUUUUUAGUUACAAAUAAACCUUUAAAGCGUC